AAUAUUUUCAAACCUUCGAAACGGAAGGAGUGCUUUGGAGUUGUUUUGAGCGAAAUUGUUCGUCAAGUUGGAUUUUCCUUAGUGUAAGAUAGCUCGAGAUUUUCAGAUCGUGUUUGUUACCCAUGUGGCCGUAAGAUUCAAAAUUUAGGCCAAUUGUACCACUUUGUCAAGAACGCAACUACAACGACGUCUACUCCAGUGAAAACUAGCAAAAGAAACCUUGACACGCCAGAUAAAGCUAGUCCACCGUGGAGGAAAUCAAAAUCUGUACGUGUUCGUUCCCCG